AUGGGUUUUUCUAUAUUAGAAUCAUUAAUAAUUCAUUUAUCAAUUGAAUGCUUCAAUAAUUAUUUCAAAAAUAUAUUUAUUAUUAUAUUUAAACAUUCAACAAAAGCUCAAACACAAAAAUUAAUUAAAUGUAUUAUUGUCGUCUUGUCUUAUUGUAUUAUUAAAUAUCAUGCACAAGAACUUAUUGCACGAGUCAAUUCAAUUCAAACGAAUUUAGCAUUUGCUAAAAAAUCUUAUAUAGAUUUGUUCGAUUCAAGUAUUCCAGAUGUUCGGUGUCAUUUAGCUAACAGUUUACCAACAUUAACAGCUUCUCAUCCAAAUCAAGCUCGUUAUUAG